UCACAAACUGACGUGCGAGUCCACAGUGGUUUAAAACUAAAACACUCAGAAACGCAUAAAUCAUAACCACGUUUGCUUUUGCAGAUUUCGAUCUCUUCUCUCUCUCUAUACUUAACUCACAAAACAAGAUGGCACCGCCGGCUGCGGUGGAGGGCGGUGACGCCGGUGGCGGAGACCAACAACAACAGCAAGGUCCCGGCCAGAUGGUUACCGGAAUCAUAAGAAUAAUCGUCAUAUAUUACUUCGCCACCAAGUUUUUCUCCUCCAAUAAACCCUCGUCUUCUGGUUCCGGUUCCGAUCCUGCUGUUCAGAUCUCCAAUCUGUUCCAGAAAUCUGACCCUCUCGAUAUGUGGUUUUAUCUCUCUGAACAUGAGAAGUUUAAUGAUUUUGGGAAUGAAGAGGCGCUUAUAUGGCAUGAGACAAACAUACCUUAUGCAGUUUGGGGCCCAGAGAGCACCAGGACUCUUUCUUUGAAGUAUUAUCCAUCUGAGGCUUUGAAGCAUAAUGGAAGUCUAUACGCUCAUGUCUUCUUUGCCCGUUCAGGGUACCCAGCAGACCCCAAGGACCCUGAGUACCAACCUUUGGCUGCCUUUGGACUGAAACAUCCUAUUGUGACAUACUUGCCAAAGUCAAAAGCAAACAAAAAGAAGAGCCUGUUGGGGAAUUCUAAGGACGCUAAUGAAGAUGAUUCCGUGUCGGAGGGUAUUGAAGAACCUCAAGCUGAUUUGAAGGACGAUGGUCCUACGGAAUACAUUUCAUAUUGGAAACCGAAUAUCACUAUUAACUUGGUUGAUGAUUUUACAAAGUACACACAACGUUCGAUUCCUCCCAAUGUCGCUCCUUACAUUAAUAUUGAACCUACCACAGGGAACUAUUAUCCAACCGUUUACUUCAACGAGUUUUGGUUACUUAGAGAUAAGCUUAUAGCACUAAAUGAUUCUGUGACGGAAUUGGCCCUUCAUCUAGAAGUGGCCCCGAUAAGCAUGACCAAAUGGCAGUUAUUCCUGCAGAUCGAUCAGUCAUUUCAGAUUCAUCGCAGUUACGGAAGUAUGCUUGAAGGAGAAGCUGAUGAACUUAAGAGGGUGUUUGUGGAAGGGAAUCCCUAUCUUCUGGGAGUUACCAUGUUUGUUUCGCUGCUUCAUUCAGUAUUCGACUUUUUGGCAUUUAAGAACGAUAUACAGUUCUGGAAUAAAAACAAAUCUAUGGAAGGCCUUUCUGCAAAAUCAGUGGUUGUGAGUUUCAUUUGCCAGCUCAUCAUCUUCCUUUACUUACUGGACAACGAUACUUCAUGGAUGAUACUUGCAAGUUCUGGAAUCGGAGUCUGCAUCGAGUUUUGGAAAAUUGGGAAAGCAAUGCACAUCGAGGUUGAUCGAAGUGGGAGCAUACCUAAACUGAAGUUCAGUGAUCGGGAUACAUAUGCUGGGAACAAGACAAAAGAAUAUGAUGAUCUCGCAAUGAAGUAUUUAUCGUAUGUACUAUUUGUACUCGUAGCCUGCUCGUCUGUAUAUUCGCUCAUGUAUGAAACGCACAAAAGCUGGUACUCGUGGAUUCUCUCGUCGCUUACAAGUUGUGUUUACAUGUUCGGUUUCAUUAUGAUGUGCCCACAGCUAUUUAUUAAUUAUAAGCUGAAAUCAGUUGCGCAUUUACCAUGGAGGCAGAUGACUUACAAGUUCCUGAAUACAAUUAUUGAUGACCUCUUUGCCUUUGUGAUCAAGAUGCCAAUGCUACAUCGACUUUCUGUCUUCCGUGAUGAUGUUAUAUUCUUGAUAUAUCUAUAUCAAAGAUGGGCGUAUCCAGUAGACAAAAAGAGAGUGAAUGAAUUUGGUUUUGGUGGCGAGGAUGAGGAUGAAGCAACUGCGGCGUUGACCUCGGGCCCAAGCAGUAGUGCAGAGGAGAAGAAAACCAACUGAGACCAAGCUGACCUGAAAUAAUAUGAAGUUUUGAGAAGACUUUAAAAGACCAUAGAUUAUUUUUUUCAGUUUAAUUAUUAUUUUUUGUUUGAUUGUGAUUUUACUUUUUAUUUAAGUCUAAACUUGUUGACCUUGAUAGUAUUAAGUUGUUUGGUUUUAGACAAGUAGAAAAGGAGAUACAGUGUUUGUAGUUUUAGAUUUAAAUGUCUAUUAUUAUUAUUUUUUGUUUAAGAUA